UGCUCAGACUCGAUCUGGGUUCUGGUUCUGGCGAAGAUGGCGACGCCGGUUGAUCUGGAGUUAAAAAAGGCCUUCUCUGAGCUGCAGGUGAAGAUGAUUGACACACAGCAGAAGGUGAAGUUGGCCGACCUUCAGAUCGAUCAGCUGACUCUUGUUCAGAAACGCGCUAAGCUCACGCACACGGAGGUCGCCCUGAUGCCUGACAACACACGACUUUACGAAGGCGUUGGCCGUAUGUUCAUUCUUCAGACAAAGGAGGAGAUCAACAACCUGCUGAGGGACAAACAGAAAACUGUUGAUGACAAGAUCAAAGAGCUGGAGCAGAAGAAGGUGUAUCUGGAGCGCAGCGUCAAAGAAGCUGAGGACAACAUCAGAGAGAUGCUGCUGUCCAGGAGAGCUCAGUGAUUGAAGUCAUACCUGUUUCUGUUACCUGCUUAUAAUAAACUCCAAAAGUUCCCCCA